GAACAUGUUUUAAUUUUUAGUACUAAAUCGGCGCGCGCAUCUAAUUUGUAGAUACAUAGACCUAAUAUUUUUAGUACUAAUUUCAGUACUAAAUUUAGCAUAGUGGCAAGCGGACCUUAAGUUGAGGGAAAAAAAGCUUUCUCGACGGUUGGCAACACUUUGUUGUUAUGCUUGUUGUGGUUAAAUGGUGAAAGUGAAAGGAAAGUUUGUUUUUAAAUGUUUCUCAGUAGACUCCGUUAGUUAAUACUAAAGUUAUUUAAUAUGGAAUGCAAUGAAAAUCUUAAGGAUUCUAGAAACAAAGAAAUAUUAACAGGUAUUAAAGAUGAAGGGGAUUCUCUACAGGAAUAUAACAAUAUAGAAGUUAAAUCUGAAUUAGAUGAAAGCAGUUAUGGACAGGAAUCUGUGUUAGAUGGGUAUUGUUCAGAUUCAGAGGAUAUUAAAAUAGAAAACCAUGUAUUGGAAGAUGUCUCUAAUGAAAUUAAAGUUGAAAUAACAAAAGAACUGGAGGAGUGUAGCAUUGGUGCUUCACAGGAUAUUACAAUGGAAGUUGCAGUUAUCAAACCUUUCAAUUCUCCCAAAGUAGAUAUGAAGACUGGCGAAACUUCAUAUGAAUGUGAAAUUUGUAGUGCUCCACAGAAUAGUACAAUGGAAGUUGCAACUACCAAACCGUUCAAUUCUCACAAAGUAGAUUUGAAAACAUGUACUGGUGCCAGACCAUAUGAAUGUGAAAUUUGUAGUAAGCAAUUUACUAAUCGAAGUCAUUUAAAGUAUCAUAAUUUGAGAAUUCACACUGGUGAAACAACUUAUAAAUGUGAAAUUUGUAGUAAGCUGUUUACUACAAAAGGUACUUUAAAGAUACACAUGAGAAUUCACACUGGUGGAACACCUUAUAAAUGUGAAAUUUGUAGUAAGCGUUUUACUAGUAUAAGUCAUUUAAAUACGCAUAAAAUGGUUCACACUAGUGAAAAACCUUAUAAAUGUGAAAUUUGUAAUAAUCUGUUUACUUCAAAAAGUAAUUUAAAGGUGCAUAUGAGAAUUCACACUGGUGAAAUGCCUUAUAACUGUGAAAUUUGUAGUAAGCAGUUUAGGCAACUAAAAGCUGUAAAUUAUCACAUAAAAGUUCACACUGGUGAAAAACCUUAUAAAUGUGAAAUUUGUAGUAAGCCGUUUACUUCAAAAGAUGGUUUAAAGAUACACAUGAGAAUUCACACUGGUGGAACACCUUAUAAAUGUGAAAUUUGUAGUAAGCGUUUUACUACAAAACGUUAUUUAAAGCAUCAUAAUAUGAGACUUCACACUGGUGAAAGACCUUAUAAAUGUGAAAUUUGUAGUAAGCAGUACAUUGACAUGAGUAGUUUCAGUUAUCAUAUGAAAGUUCACACUGAUGAAAGACCUUAUGAAUGUGAAAUUUGUAGUAAGCAAUUUACUAAACGAAGUCAUUUAAAGGAUCAUAUGAGAAUUCACACUGGUGAAACACCAUUUAAAUGUGAUAUUUGUAGUAAGCUGUUUUCUACAAAAGGUAAUCUAAAUAAGCAUACGAAAAUUCACUCUGGUGAAACACCUUAUAAAUGUGAAAUUUGUAGUAAGCUGUUUACUACAAAAGGUACUUUAAAGAUACACAUGAGAAUUCACACUGGUGGAACACCUUAUAAAUGUGAAAUUUGUGAUAAGCUGUUUUCUACAAAAUAUAGUUUAAAUAAUCAUAUGAGAAUUCACAUUGGUGAAUCACCUUAUAAAUGUGAAGUUUGUAGUAAGCUAUUUACUCUACGAAACCGUUUAAAGCGGCAUAUGAGAAUUCACACUGGUGAAAAACGUUAUAAAUGUGAAAUUUGUAGUAAGCAGUUUACUACUAAAUUUAGUUUAAAUGAUCAUAUUAUGAGAAUCCACACUGGUGAAAGACCUUAUAAAUGUGAAAUUUGUAGCAAGCAGUUCACUAAACAAAGUAAUUUAAAGUAUCAUAUGAGAAUUCACACUGGUGAAACACCUUACAAAUGUGAAAUUUGUAGUGACCAGUUUUCUACAAAGUAUAGGUUAAAUGAUCAUAUGAGAAUUCACACUGGUGAAACACCUUAUGAAUGUAAAAUUUGUAAUAAACAGUUUACUACAAAAUAUAUUUUAAAUGGUCAUAUUAUGAGAAUUCAUAAUGGUGAAACACCCUAUAAAUGUGAAAUUUGUAGUAAGCAGUUUACUACAAAAAGUAAUUUAAAUACUCAUAAAAGAAUUCACACUAAUGUAAAACCUUAUAAAUGUGAAAUAUGCUUUAAAAAGUUUUCUCAAAAAACUGUUUUAAAUAAACAUAAUAUGGCAGUUCACAGUGGUGAAAAACCUUAUAAAUGUGAAAUUUGUAGUAAGCUGUUCACUUCAAAAAGUAAUUUAAAUACUCAUAAAAGAUUUCACACUGGUGAAAAACCUUAUAAAUGUGAAAUUUGUAGUAAGCUGUUUACUAGAAAAGGUCAUUUAAAGCAUCAUAUGAUACUUCACAGUGGGGAAAAAACCUUAUGAAUGUAAAAUUUGUAGUAAGCUGUUUACUAAACUACGUAAUUUAAAUGAUCAUAUGAGAAUUCACUAUAGAUAAAGAAUAUACAAUGAGCUGGAAUAAGUGUUACCCCCUUAUUAACUUAUUUAUUUUUUGUACAUAAGCAAAACGGUCGGACAGGUCGAUUUUUAAAAUAAUCAAAGUAUAUUAUAGCAUCAAUGUUUCGAACUUUACGCGAUCCCUCUUCAGGAGACAGGCAUAACUUUGAUUUUUUUUUAAAUGGAAAAGUACAUCAUGUGACACCUCAUUAAAAAGCUUUUGAAAUACUGAUUAUAAUAAUGUAUAAUACUUUAAUCCUUUUUGAGAGCGUAGGUACGAAAUUUAGGUCGAACUCGUUUUAAACGCAUUAAUUUUUUUUCGAAUCAAGAGAAAACUAAUAAGUAUUUUUGAAAAAUUUAAACGCAGAAUGAUAGAUUUCGUUAUUACCGAGGGCUGACAGUCCCUACGAAUAAACAAAAAGUUUCUUUUUAAUGAUUAUUAUUGAAAUUAAAAAUCAAACUAAAUUUUCUCUUUUUUCACCUCUGUGACUUAUUAAAAUUAAACAAUAUAGGACUUCUCAGGGACUUUCGACCAUCGAGAAUAAUGUAAUAUUUUAUUCUGCGUUUAAGUUUUUCAAAAAUAUUUAUUAGUUUUUCAGGAUGCGAAAAAAAUGAUUGCAUUUAAAAAGAAUUCGACCGAAAUUUUGCGCCUACGCUCUCAAACAUUUUAAAGCUUAAUUCAUAUAAUUUCAAACAUAGUUUAUCAAAUUACAUUGUCUUUUUAUAUUAAAAAGUUAUACCCGUUUUAAGUUACAAUUUUAGGAGUUUAGUUAUUAAUAGAGUGUAAGAAACACAACAAUAAUAAUAGUCUGGGCUGAUUAUCGGAGAAUAGGCCAUUUUUGGGAAAAGUUAUUUACCAGCAAUUUUAUUGCUGGAAUCGAAUUACAAGAUCCUAUAUAUUAAUAAUAUAGGUAUGCAAAGUCCUCAGAUAGUGUGCUACUUUUUUUAUAAACAAAAUGGCGCACGAAAAUCGUGUUUUUUUCAAUUAUUGCCCUAUAACUCCGAAGAUUUUAACUUUACAACAAAAACACCCAAAUAAAAAUUCACCGUGAUUAAAUUCUGCAUAGAGACGUAUUUUCCCGAUCUGCUCCGACGAAAAUUUUCCUCGGAAAAUGCGGGUUUUCCCAACAAAAUCUUUAAUUUUCAAAUAAAGUUUUGGAUAAGUAAUUAUCUACCAAUAAUUAAAUAAUUUGGUGACUUAAAACCCUUCUUGGUUUAGAUUAUAGUUCCAGAAGCUGGUAAAAAUUAAACGAAUAUUUUAGCAACAAUUCAAUUGUUAAUUAAUAAUUUACGGUCGCAAUAAUAACCAAAAUAAUUAUGAUACACUGAUCAAACAUUGAAAUCUUAUAAAGAUGAGAUGCCUAUUUAACAUUUUGUCGACAAAAUAUAAAUGUUUUAUUUUUUUUGGCAUAAUCUUUAAAUGUUUAAAAAAAAUAGUUAUAAACAAAUUAACGUUUCUCAGAAAGUUUUUAUUAUAUUAUAAUUUUAAAAAAUAUCAGGCCUACUUUUGCGCUAAAAAUUACAAAAAAAAAGUAUUUUUAAUCUUUGAUUAAAAUAUAACCAUUGUACUAAUUUUUGACAUUCUUUGUGAGUAAUUAGAUUGUACCAUAGACUCACUUUUAAACUUUGAAACAAUUAAAACAAAUUAUAAACAACGGAGAUAUCGUAUAUUUACUUUGCUGUUUCAUAACUUUUUUGCAAAUGGUUGGAAAUUUUUUAAAGCAUUCAUUUUCAAGACCUAUGAAAUAUGCAUUUUAAGUAUUUUUUUUAAAUUAGAAUAUAAUAAACAAUUUCUGAGAAAUGUUAAUUUGUUUAUAACAAUUUUUUUAAACAUUUAAAGAUUAUGCAAAAUAAUGAAAAAAUUAUAUUUUGUCGACAAAAUAUUAAAUAGGCAUCACGCCUUUAUAAUCUUUCUAAGUUUGAUUAUUGUCUCAUGAUUAUUUUGGUUGUUAUUGCGACUGUUAAUUAUUGUUAAUUAAAAAUUGAAUUGUUACUAAAAUUUUCGUUUUAUUUUCACCGGCUUCUGAAUUUAUAAUCUAUACCAAGAAAGCUUUUAUUUCACCAAGCUAUAUAAUUAUUGAUAAAUAUUUAUUGGCCCAAAAAAUUUAUUUGAAAAUUCGAGAUUUUGUUGGGAAAACCCACAUUUUCCGAGGAAAAUUUUCGUCGGAGCAAAUCGGGAAAAACAUGUCUCUGUCUCUAUGUAGAAUUAAAUUGGGGUGAAUUUUUAUUAAAAUUAAAACGGUGUAAAGUUAAAAUUUUCGGAGUUACAGAGCAAUAAUUGAAAAAAAAUACGAUUUGUCGGAGCCAUUUUGUUUAUAAAAAAAGUAGCACACUAUCUGCGGACUUUGCAUACCUAUAUUAAUGAUAUAAUAUAGGAUCUUAUGAUUCGAUUCCAGCAAUAAAAUAGCUGGUAAAUAACCUUUCUUUGUACUUUACUAAUUAGACCAGCGUAUUAUAACUAUUUUUUUUUAAUUUAAAGAUUAUGCAAAAAAAAAGAAAAAUUUAUAUUUUGUCGAUAAAAUAUUAAAUAAGCAUCUCAUCUUUAUAAUCUUUAUAAGUUUGAUCAAUGUAUCAUGAUUAUUUUGGUUAUUAUUGCGAUCGUAAAUUGUUAAGUAACAAUUAAAUUAUUGCUAAAAUAUUCGUUUAAUUUUCACCGGCUUCUUGAAUUACAAUCUAUACCAAGAAAGCUUUGAUGGUGGCGUAAAAACUCAAAAGGCUUACGUAUGUUUGUUUGUUUGUCUAAGUACGAAAGCCAUACAUCUUGAAUUAGCCUCCUCGCUCUCUACAGAUUGUUUCUUAGCCGCUUUCAAAAGAUUUUUAUCUCGUCGUGGAAAUUGUAAGGUUUUAUAUUCGGAUAAUGGCACAAAUUUUGUGGGUGCCAAGAGAGUCCUCGAUGAAAUAUAUCAAUUAACUACUUCAAAAAUUUAUAAAGAUGCAUUCCAACAGGAACUUAAUAAUACCAAAAUUUCUUGGAAAAUGAACGUACCUUAUGGCAGUCACUUCGGUGGUAUUUGGGAAAGCAAUAUAAAAAGUGUAAAACUUCAUUUAAAUAGAGUUGUGGGGAAUCAAAUCCUUACUUACGAAGAAUUUUUAACUGUUCUGACACAAAUCGAGUGUCUUUUGAAUUCGCGUCCUCUGUGUUCAAAGUAACGACCCUGAAAAUCCAGUCGCGCUGACUCCAUCGCAUUUUUUAUGUACAGAACCUUUAAUGUCAUUACCCUCGAUGGAUAUUGAUCUUGAUAAAAAUAUGAGUACUUUGAAAAGAUAUAAAUUACUAGAUUGCACUGUUCAACAUUAUUGGAAAAGAUGGCAUUCAGAAUAUUUGUCUUCUAUGCAGUCUCGUUUAAAAUGGAACACUAACUCGAAUCCUCCCAAAGAGGGAAUGGUAGUUAUAAUAAAAAAUGAAAUUAUCCCACCUUUACAGUGGCCUCUGGCAGUCAUAGAGACUUUGUAUCCUGGAAAAGAUGGGAUUGUUCGAAUUGUAAAAGUGCGAACCAAGCACGGUAGUUACAUGCGCCCAGUCGUUAAACUGUGUCCUCUACCCAGUCAAUAAACUGGAGAGGAUUUUUUUUUAAAUUUUAUUUGAUAGUUAAAAUUUUAGUUUAGGGUGAUGGGUUCAUGUGCAGACUUAGCAUAUUAAAAUUAAAUUAGUUUUCGUUGAUUUUUCGUUAUUUUUCGUUUAUUUUAAAAAUAAACUCGGGGGGCAGGAUGUUUUGGCCUCAUUAAUUUAAAUUUCAUUCGAAGUACCUGGCCUAUUUACUGGCCCAGAUACUGUACUAUUUUUUUUGUUUUCUCCUUAAUUACCUUUCGUUAGUAGUAAGUAGUUGUAUCGUCAGUUAGUAAGAACAAAUUGAAUUGUUAAGUCGUUUCCUGUAGUUAUCAAGUGUCGCCAAAAAACGUCGGUUUCAGUUAUAGUAAAAAAUCAAUUAACCCUUUCUCCCUCCUUCCUUCACCUUACUAAUAACUGAAGACUUCUCGCCUACCAGUUAAAAUAAGGUAAGAAUUUUUUGUUGUUAUUUCCCUACAGUCCGCUUUGAAUUUGAUUGCGUAAUGGACCAGUCUUCGCGUAAUCGCCACCCCAUAAGUUUGGUAUACUUAUACAUAUAUAUUUGGGGGCCACCCAAUAAUUGAAAAAAAUACGAUUUGUCGGCGCCAUUUUGUUUAUAAAAAAAGUAGCGGUCUCUAAAAGUAGUAGUAUCUGCGGACUUUGCAUACCUAUAUUAUUAAUAUACAGUGCUAGUCAAAAGUCCGUACCCCCCCUCUUAUCUUUUGAACGGUUUUACCUAUAAUAGUGAAAUUUGGAUGGAGGAAAUUAACUGACGUAAGCUUCUUAACUAGUUAUGACAGGUGACGUAAUAGUGACAGAUGACGUUACAGAGCCACUGUGACCGAUAAUUUUAAAUGGGACCUUAUGGCAAGUGAUACCUCGUUUGAAAGGUAUUCAAAAUACCUACUCAGCCAUACUAUUUUUUUUGUGUUUUAGUUGAUUUUGAUUUUGGUGAAUAAAUUAAAUAAAUAUAAUAUUGUAGCUUCGCAUUUAAUGAAUAAAAAUUCAAAUGUACGCCUAUGGUUUUUUUGUCAAAAAAGUUGACGUUUUUCGAUUCUCUAGUAGUUUUUAAGUCAACGUCAACCUUUUUGACAAGUAAUCAUAGGCGGAAUUUUGAAUUUUGAAUUAAUUAAAUGAAACUACAAUUUUAUAUUUAUUUCAUUAAUUCGUCAAAAUUAGCUUAAACUUAAACAAUAUUAGUAUGACUGAAUAGGUAUUUUCAA